GAUCACUUAAUUAAAUCCUGCACAGACAUAGGACAAUGUAUAAUGAAAAUCCCCCCCCAGGAUUUCCAAAUGUGGUUGGGUGCAUUGAUGGCACACACAUCCCCAUAAUUGCACCUACCAUAAAUGAGGGGGACUAUGUGAACAGGAGGUCCAUCCACAGCAUCAAUGUGCAGGUACACAAACUACUAUAAUCGUUUAUUUAAAGAACAUGAAUACAAUUAUCACAAUACUGGGACUGAUAUGUAUCUUCUGCACCACAAAGAUCAUUUGUGAUGCUGCACAUGUCAUCACAAACGUGGAGGCAAAGUGGCCUGGCUCUGUUCAUGACUCACGCAUAUUCCGUGAAUCCACCCUGAGUAACAGACUGCAAUCUGGUGAAGUUGUGGGCUUUCUACUUGGGGAUAGGGGUUACCCAUGCCAGCCCACACUGAUGACCCCUUACUCAGAACCUGAAGAAGGCCCUCAGCAGCUCUUCAAUCAGGCUCACAACAGGACAAGAGCCCGGGUGGAGAUGACCAUAGGCCUGCUGAAAGCCCGUUUCCAGUGCCUUCGUCACCUCAGAGUGAGACCUGAGAGGGCCUGUGACAUAAUUGUGGCAUGUGUUGUUCUCCAUAAUAUUGCCAUUAUUAGAGGAGAGCAACACCCUGCCAUACAAAUUCAAGAGCCAGAGGACGAUCCCAUCCAACCAGCAGACUACCAGGACGGAAGGACUGUCAGAGACAUGAUCUGUCGCAGAGCAUUCUGGCAAUAGACCACCACCUCCACAAGCAAUACAAGAAGGACACUGAACUCAAAUUAAAUUUAUUUGGAUCUGUUUAUUUCCUACAAACACAAAAGCAACAGUUACAUUUCAGGG